CACGGGCAUGGACAGACUGAGGCUACCGAGCUGGCUGCGGCGCAGGGGGGGCGAGAAAGUGACCGCCUCCUCGGAGAACUUCCACGUCGGGGAGCACGAUGAGAACCAGGAGCGCGGAAACUGGUCCAAGAAGUCGGACUACCUUCUGUCCAUGGUGGGCUACGCCGUCGGGCUGGGCAACGUCUGGCGCUUCCCCUAUCUCACCUACCAGAACGGCGGAGGCGCCUUCCUCAUCCCAUACGCCAUCAUGCUGGCCCUGGCCGGGCUGCCCCUCUUCUUCCUGGAGUGCUCCCUGGGCCAGUUUGCCAGCCUCGGACCCGUGUCCGUAUGGAGGAUCCUGCCACUCUUCCAAGGUGUGGGCAUCACCAUGGUCCUGAUCUCGGUCUUCGUAACCAUCUACUACAACGUCAUCAUCGCCUACAGCCUCUACUACCUGUUCGCCUCCUUCCAGAAGGUGCUGCCUUGGUCCGACUGCUUUUCCUGGGCUGACAGCAAUUGCAGCCGCUUCCCCAUAGUCACUCAUUGCAACAUCAGCUUGGAAGGGGAGGACCUCCAGGUGAACUACAGCUGGGCCCUGCAGAAUAACUUCACCUGUCUCAACCACAGCCUGGUGGAGCAGCCUGGACAGCUGCCCAGCGAGCAAUACUGGAACAAGGUGGCCCUGCAGCGCUCCAGUGGGAUGGAGGAGACUGGGGUGGUCGUGUGGUACCUGGCGCUGUGCCUGCUCCUGGCCUGGGUCAUCGUGGGCGCUGCCCUCUUCAAGGGGAUCAAAUCCUCUGGAAAGGUGGUGUACUUCACGGCGUUGUUCCCCUACGUGGUCCUGCUGAUCCUGCUGGUGCGGGGGGCCACACUGGAGGGUGCCCAGAAGGGCAUCUCCUACUACAUCGGCCAGCAGUCAAACUUCACCAAGCUUAAAGAGGCCGAGGUUUGGAAAGACGCCGCCACGCAGAUUUUCUACUCCCUGUCGGUGGCCUGGGGUGGGCUGGUGGCCCUGUCAUCCUACAACAGGUUCAACAAUAACUGCUUCUCCGACGCCAUUGUGGUGUGCCUGACCAACUGUCUGACCAGCGUCUUUGCCGGCUUCGCCAUCUUCUCCAUCCUGGGCCACAUGGCUCACAUAUCUGGCAAGGAGGUGUCACAGGUGGUCAAAUCAGGCUUUGACCUGGCCUUCGUCGCCUACCCAGAAGCCCUGUCCCAGCUUCCGAUCGCCCCUUUCUGGUCUAUCCUGUUUUUCUUCAUGCUCCUGACCCUGGGGCUGGACUCCCAGUUUGCAUCCAUAGAAACCAUCACCACCACGAUCCAGGACCUGUUUCCCAAGCUCAUGAAAACCAUGCGUGUCCCUGUCACUCUGGGCUGCUGCUUCAUCCUCUUCCUCUCUGGCCUUGUCUGCGUCACGCAGGCUGGAAUUUAUUGGGUGAAUUUGAUCGACCACUUCUGUGCGGGCUGGGGCAUUCUGAUUGCGGCCAUCCUGGAAAUCAUGGGCGUUAUCUGGAUUUACGGAGGAAAUCGCUUCAUCCAGGACAUCGAGAUGAUGAUCGGGGCCAAGCGGUGGUUCUUCUGGCUGUGGUGGAGGAUGUGCUGGUUCUUUGUGACGCCCAUGCUCCUCCUCGCGAUUCUCAUCUGGUCCCUGUCGACGUUCUCCAAGCCCACUUACGGUAACAUCGACUACCCGACGUGGGGCAUCGCCCUGGGCUGGUGCAUCAUCCUCUUCUGCAUCAUCUGGAUCCCCAUUAUGGCUGUCAUCAAGGUCUUCAAAGCUAAAGGGAGCUUCCUGCAGCGGGUUCUGAGCUGCUGUCGGCCGGCCUCUAACUGGGGCCCCUACCUGGAGAGGCACCGGGGUGAGCGCUACAGCCACAUGGAGGACCCGAAGAAGGAGCGUGACCUUGAGAUCUCCACCGUGAGCGGAGGUGGAGGAAGUGGGGGUGAGGCCCCCCCGAAGCCAGACGGACCCACGCGAGGGUAGCCUGACCACGCAGAGCUGUGCUUGGGGUAAACCAAGGCAGCCAGCAGGGAAGCCAUAAUAUUUAUGAAUUCAGUAUGCUCUUUGAGUAACGAGGUGUAUAUACUAUGCAGAGCGGGAUGGUUUCAACCAAGCCGCACAGGACCAUAAUGUGAAUUUCCAUGUAUUUAAGCAUCAUGCUUGAUCAGGUUAAAACUGCCAGAAUCUGUGCCAGAAUGGACCUUCGCGUACCACACAGACACUGACAGACUCACACACUGGUACCCUCAUAAACCUCCUCCCACACACACCUCCUACACAAACACACCUUCAUGUCUAUACACGCAAACCUGCACUCCAUAUGUGGUCAUAUAUGCGCGUGCAUGUGCGCACGUGCGCGCGUGCGCACACACACACACACACACAUACACAAACACACACAGCACGUAGUCACACCACACUAUGGAUAUUCCCAUACCAGGCAGAAACACCCACUCCAUAUAGAACAACCCAUACCACAUGGGCACACCCACACCGUGCAAAAACACUCACUCCAGGUAGACACACCCAUACGCCACAUGUAUCCACCCCCUCCACAUAGACACCCUGCCCCUAUGCCCAUUCAGACCCAUUUCCUGACUUUCUCAAUGACUUUUUGUAAUAAAUUAAUAUAUUGCUGUUUUC